UUGACUACAAGUACUCGCACCUCAUUCAAGCCUUGACGGCGAAAGUGCAGAAUCUCGCCACCGACACUAUCGUUACAAUACACUCGCUCCAGGACUUUAUACAGGCAUCUUAGCAUCGCUAGCAUCGGUUAUCAUCCUUGAAGGACCCCCUCGUACAACAAACACAACAACGUAAAACACACUCGGAACGAUGCUCUUCACCACCCCUCUCGUUGCCCUCCUUUCGGUCCUGCCCUUCUUGGCCUCGGCCACCGCCGAGCCGCAACUCGGGUUGAACAUAAAAAAGGUCGAUAUGGCUCGAAAAAGGCAGGCUACUGGUGGAAAUUACGUCUCGGAUUACAACCAGUGUACGCAAGUUUGCGACGGCUACUUUGGCAAGCCCACCACUACCGUUGCUGGUAACAACGCUGUGGUCUCUCCUACCACCCGAACCACCAGCACCAGCAUCCCUCGAUCCACCAGCGUCAGCACCGUUCGACCGACCACCACUUCAACUCGUGCCAGCUCUUCUACCACCCCCAAGCCCUCGACCACGACCGCGGCUACCACUCGAGCUAGCUCUGGUGUCAUAUCCUCGGCUACCAGCGUCAAGCCUACCACCUCGCAGCCGGCUGCUACGGGUUCUACCAGCGUUGGAGGCGCCACGGCCGCUCAGCAAAAGCUGAUCCUCGACCUUCACAACGCCGAGAGGAAGGACUAUGGCGCCAGCCCUCUGACCUGGAACAGCCAGCUCGAAAAGUACGCUCUCGACUAUGCCAAGGGUUGCGCUUGGAAGCACUCUGGCGGACCGUACGGUGAGAACUUGGCCGCCUCUUACGGAUACCCAGAUGCGAUCUCGCAAGGUAUCAACGGGUGGAACAAUGAGAGGUCGGACUACAACCCGGCUAGCCCGAUGUAUUCCCACUGGACCCAAGUGGUCUGGAAGGGCACCUCGGAGGUGGGAUGUGCACUCGUCAAGUGCCCUGCUGGUAGCAUUCAACCUGGUUGGGGAGAGACUCAAUACCUGGUCUGCGAGUACCAAAAGCCUGGCAACUACGCCGGUCAAUACGGCACGAAUGUCGGCACUCGAGUUGCCGCUUGAACGCACGAGGUCGAGAUGGUGAUGGCAAGCUAGUCUUCGUCGAUCGAUCACAAGAGAAAGAGGGGAACUGGUCAUACUCUCUUUACAAAUCCUCCUGCUGAGCGGGAAAGGAAAGCAUGUGUUCCAUGUAGGAGACUUUCGUUUGGGUUCCUUAGCAUACGCAUUGAAAUGGUUCAGAAGGCGAGAUCCGUGUUCCGCCCGUCUGUCGGUAUUGCUCGCUCGGCGAGGGUCCCGCUUGCGGCGAUCGGAUGUAAUUAGCGGAAACGACGGUCACCGAAUUCAGUUCCGUGAUCGGGAUCAGAUC